AGGCCUGACGCCGGCUGAGGUGGCCUUUCUGUGUGAGAUGGAGAUGGUGACGGUUAUACCGCGCCAACGACUCGAGUCGCUCGAGCUGCUAGGAGGACCUACCAAAGCCCUCACACCUCCGUUUCCCACACCACUUCCUCUCUGGCUCGCCUUGCUACUCAAACGUCAACGUCGCGCAAAUAUCUUACCUCCGCCAUGGCUCAAUCCUGAAGCUCUUUCCGCAAUCCUCGACAUUGAGGUCGAUCACGAGGAUACCUUUUCUCCUCCACCUACGCUUCCCCCUCCCAAGACUCUUCCAUCCGAUCUAUACCUCGAUCAAACGGCUCUGGAAAUGUCGUCUCCCUUUCUCCCCUCAAGCACAUCGAAUGCUGCACCGGAUGCUCUACCCUACCACUGGCUGGAGUUGAGCCAUAUGCUCCUAUCUCAUGCAUCCGACGACUUCGAGGAGCCUGACACCGUCAGACGCUUGCUGCGCGAUCUCAAAGAGGUACGAAUGGCGAAGCUAAGGAAAGGUGUAAAGGUCUUGGACGCUGGUGCUGGUGUUCAGAUGAAUGGUGUCGGUGCUCUGGAGAUUGCCGAAUCGAGAUCCUUCAUCUCGGGAGUUGUUGAUGGUUUGAGGAAGAUCGGUGCUUCGAGAGAACAGACACGCAAAGAGAGAGACGCCGAAGACGCUGAGAACGGCUACGCUGCAAGCUCAAUCGACGACCAAGACGAUGACAUGUUAUGAUAAGAUACCACAUUUUGCUUUUUCCCUUCAGUUCAAUUCAGCUG